AUGCGUCAUAUCCAGUGUAACAAUCCAACGGCCGCGGAGAGUCGGUGGCCCCGAAAUGGACAGAUGCUUCGAACUCAACAAAGAGAGCCAAUUAACCAUGCCACCGGAUAUGGAAGAAUAGCAUUUGCAGUUCCUACAUCUGAGUUAAAAAGUUACCAAGAAAAUGCCUUAAAUAAUCAAUAUAAAAUCUUAACUCCUUUUGUAACCUUAGAUACGCCAGGAAAAGCUUCAGUUUCGGUGGUUAUUUUUGCUGAUCCUGAUGGACAUGAAAUAUGUUUUGUUGGAGAUAAAGAAUUUCGUGAGUUAUCUCAGUUUGAUCCAAGUUCUGAAAAGCAAUUAGACAAAUAUAUUGUUAAAGAUGAAGCAAGAAAAUUGAAACAUUAAAUGUUUGUKAUAGCAACAUUUUUUUUUAAAUUUAUGUUUCUAAAUUUGUAUAACCAACAUACAUUUCUAUAGUUUUAUACUUAUAUUGUUGUACAUGAAAUAAUGUUAAAGAUAACGGGUUAACUUAUUUUGAAAAUUAAAUAAUAUUUAUAAUACCCAAU